UAUUUAUUCUGUGAUAUUGGAUACAUAAUGUUAUUUACAUCCUUUCGACGUUUCAGACGUUUCAGCACAGCACAACCCGUAAAUGCACAAUCGAAAGUUGCAACGAGUGCCGUCGGACCUGUUUAUCUGUAGACGUGUCGUUCGGAAAACAUUUUAUAAACACGAGUACAAACGAUUUGUGAAUUAAAUCUCCAGGAAAUUUAAAGAAAAAUGAACGGAUUAGUACAGUCUGUAGUAUACGACACGUUGUGUCCGGCGAAUAUUUAUUCAGCAACGGUAAUGCAUAAAGUCAACGGAGAUCAAAAAAUUGUUAUGAUCGCUUCAAAAAAAGAUAUGAUCACCCUGGAGUCUAAGAUAGUAGACGAUAAGGUCGAAACUUAUAUUGUCGGACUCAAUUUUUCUAAUAUUCCAAGUAAUGCAGAGAUCAUUUCUAUACACUGCAUAAACAGAUGUAAGGAGUUCGAUGAUUUUGUUUUCGGAAUAACAUAUGCAUUGAUUAUAGAAAACGAAGAUCCUGAAACGGCUGAAACAUACUUAAACCUUUACUCAGGAUUUCCUGGUUCAUCAUUAGAAGCUAUAAUGGAGAAUUGUGAAACACUUCAAUUGAAUUUUGUUCCAUUUCAAUUGAAUUAUGCCAUUUAUAUGUCGGAAACACAAAAAAAUGGCAUGUGGCUAUUAUCAGGAAGUGAUGGGAAAAUACACGCUUAUAAGAAUGAACAACAACAAAUUGUUGAAAAAAAAAUUGAGGAUUACUUUAUUGAAUUUGAAGACACGAAAAACUCCAUUGUUCUAUGUUUUGGUACCAAAUCAUUAAGUGACUACAAAAAAAGAAUAUCGUAUUAUGGAUGUGAAACAGGAUAUUCGAUGUUCUCAGUUGUAGAUUCUGAAAAAAAUCAGAUACUACAUUGUUUUUCAGAAUGUUAUGAAUCACCAAUAACAGUCAUGCAAUUAUUUAACAUACAUAAAAAAACUGUUGAUAUUGACAAUAUUCUUUCAGCUGUCGAAGAUGAUUUCAUACCAGAUUGUAAUACUGUAAAUGAAAAAGAACAAAUCUGUUUACUAGUAGGAAGUGCAGUUGAAAGUGCUGUUGUAUACAUGAAUGUGUUGGAAAAUAAUUUAAGAAAUGCAAUUACAUUGACUGACAGUAAUAGGCACCAAGCAAUUGUAUGUGCUUUAAUCACAGAUGUAAAUUUUGAUUCCAAGAAUGAAAUACUACUUGGGACUUAUGGAAAUUAUAUUUUAAAUUAUGUCUACGAAAAUAACAAUUGGGUGGAACAACAACAAUUUGAUAUGAGAGACUCGGUUUAUACAAUUUGUUAUUUAGAUUUAGUUGGCGAAGGAGUGAAUGAUGUAGUUGUAAUGAGUGAGAGAGGAAUACAUAUAUUAAAACAUGAACCUAAAUAUAUAGUUGAAGUACUAAAAAAUCGUUUAAAAUUAUAG